AUGCACAAGUUUAUAGAGCACAAGAUUUUUGAUCGAGAACAUCACACGGAACUAAAUCUUUUAGCCUAUGUUUUCGAGUGUCUCGACAACUGUGAAUGUGACACCGACGAUGAAGUUGUGCACUGCCACAAUGGAAAUCGUAAAGAGCUACCGCUACCGACUGGACAACGUCUGCGCGGUUUCCCCGUAAUUGGAAUGACAUACAAUGAUCUGCAUCGUCUUCCCGACGAAGGCACAUUGCUAACGAAGUUCCCUGACCUCAAGGUGGUCGACGUCGAGCGUAAUCCAAAUUUCGAUUGCGAUUCACUGAAGGAAUACGACCGCGUCAAAAUCGUGUCGGACUGCUAUAAAAAUAUAUCAGAAAUUAGCAAAGUGCCAAGAAUUUUCCGACCAACAAAGGUGUGU